UGUCCUAUAUAUAAUGCUAUAAUGUUUAGGGUUUAUAAACCCUAAACCCUAAACUCUAAGGUAUCCUGAUACAAUGUUUGUUAUCUUUAUUUGUAUAUAUAAAGCUUAGGGUGCGGUUCUUUUCCUGAUCCUGCAUGAAUACAGGAUAUCUUGUGAACCGAGCUGCCCUAUAUAUAAUGCUAUAGCCUUAUAAUCUUUCUCAUUAAACCUUUUAACAAACUGAGUUUUAAGAGUUUUUGGUUCAAUGGGGAUCCCUGAGUCUCCUAGUCCACCUCAUUUGUAUCCUCAAGCACUUCAACUUAAACUUUAUCAAGCUUUCAUCUUCUCAAUUCCAAUACUUUUUUCUAUAAUUUUGUUUCUUUUGUUUUACUUGUUUUAUCUCAAAAGAAGGGCUUCUAUUGGUUCUAUUUCCCCUGCAACAACAAUUACAAGGAGUUCAACUCAUGCUAUUAUUCAUGGUGAGGUAGAUAUAAAGGGGAUGCUCAAGAACAAGCUUCCUGUAGUAAUAUUUGAUGAAGAUUCAAUGAUGAGAGAUUCCCAGUGUUGUGUUUGCUUGGGAGAAUUUGAGAUCAAAGAAGAGUUGCAUCAGUUACCUUCUUGUAAACACAUUUUCCAUGUCGAAUGCAUACGCCAUUGGCUUCGUUCGAAUUUCUCUUGUCCUCUCUGUAGAUGUCAUGUUAUUAUUACAAGACAAAAUCCGCAACCUCAACAGCAACCAGCUUCUAAUCUUGAACAUAACAAUCAAGUCAGAUUAGAUAUUGAAGAGGAAAGUGAACAACGCGAUAGAACGAUUAACACAGCCAAUAUUAGCAGAGAAGAGCAACAUGUGGUGAUAAUCGAAGAAUUUUCUAGUGCUAGUUCAUCCUCUGGCACUACUGAAAAUAGUGAAAGAGAUUCUUCUCAUGUAGAAACUCUUGUUAUCAGUAUUAAGGCCUAAUUUUGCUGCAUUUCUUGAAUUGUAUAUUUAGCAUUGGGAGUUCAGGAAUGAUAGAUUAGCAGAGAAGUUUAGGGGAUACCAUUUUAUACACAUCAGAAUCUGAUUAUUAGAUGGAACUUUGCAAAAUCAUGCUUUUA